GCUCCACCAAAAAGUGCUUCAAGACGAACAUGGCGGCAACUAGCACUGGACCAAGAUGAUUGUGCUUUUCAAAAGGAAAAAUCCACGGCAUUCUGCCCAGAUACCAAGGAAAAAAUCGCCAGGUUGAAACAAAAAGAUUUUACGAACCUUCAUGAUCUCUGGUUAGAUGAGGGAAUGCUGGUGAGAGCUGGGCUACGGAAAGGGAGAAAGCUCAGCACAUUCAAGAGGAAAGAAAGAGGCAUGUUGUCACAGAGAAGUAGGUUUUUCUCAAGAGAGCCAUGGAUAACUGUGAUAUGACAGUGCCUUGCUUAAUCUCUUUGCAUGCACUAAUUGGAUGGAAAUAGCAGAUAAGCACUAAGUGAAACAAGGACCACUUUAAAUUCAACGUUUAAGAGGAAAAGAAAAAAGAAAAUCUGCAAGUCAAUGAAUAUUUUGGCAAAGAAGCCCUCACGGUGGAGUCGGCCAGUGCUGCGCUUUCCCAAAAUAUGAACAGGGGUGCUUGGAUGUGUCGGCAGCAAGAUGACGGCUUAAAAAUCUGGUUUGCACCCCGAGAGAACGAAAAACCGUUUACUGAUUCGGAAAGGGCACAGAAAUGGCGACUGUCCUUAGCAUCUCUCUUGUUUUUCACCGUCCUGCUUUCUGAUCACCUGUGGUUCUGCGCUGAGGCAAAAUUGACACGGACCAGAGACAAGGAGCUGGACAAGUUAGCAUUAACAAACAUGGGUGAUCACUUCUCAUCAGCAAGCAAAAUACUUUCAUCAAAACUCCAUUCACCACACAGCAGCCUAAGUAAAGACAAAAAUGCUAUUUUUAUAGGGAACACUACCAAACCUUUGUGGCGACUAGAAACGUGCCCUCCGCAUAGUUUAUCUAAAAACUGUUUUACUUUUGAACACGCUGAACCUGUUUGCAGGAGCAUUGGCGAGGAGACGGGAGAGGAAUCCACACCUUUGAAUUUAAGCGAUUUUUAUCUUUCGUUUUGUAAUUCGUAUUCUCUUUUGGAUUUGUUUAUGGGGUUAUCCAGUCCGGACAAUUUAAACUGUAGCAUGGAAGUGGUUAUUGAUGGGAAUCUACAUGGAUGCAGCCAGUGCGUCCAGGCAUACCAACGUUAUGACCAACACGCUCAGGAGAAAUAUGAAGAGUUUGAGGUUAUGAUUCAGAAAUACUUGCAAUCGGAUGGAUAUUCUGUGAAAACCUGCAUGAAGGAGUGCAAGACUGUCUACAAACCCUGGCUGUGUUUCCAGUAUUUUGAAACCACACAAUUUCACUGCAGUAAGAAAAUACCUUGCAAGCAAUACUGUGAGGAAGUGCAGAGGAGGUGUCCAUUUAUAUUGCCAGACAAUGAUGAUCUAAUCUAUGGAGGAAGCCCAAGUUUUAUUUGUACAGGGCUUUUAGAAAAUCAUCCCACGGAUGCAGAACCAGAGUGCUGUGAUGUCAGAUGGGACUUUAGACCAGAUAACCAAUCCAAAGGGACAAUAAAGACAAGCGACUCAAUGGUUUGUCAUCAUAGGACAUCGCUUGCAACUUCUGCAGCAUCCAGACUGUGCAACAGCAGGCUUAAACUGUGCUUUCUAGUCCUAAUUCUCUUACACACAGUAGUGACAGUGACUGCAGCACAGAACUCUACAGGGCUAGGUUUUGAAGGUAUUUCUACUCUGGAGGAUAACUCGACCAACGAAGAGUAACAGAGACAUGCGUACACUUUGGCAGCCCACUGCUACCAGCAACAAUGGCUUAGCUUCUGGAUCACAUCUGCAAAGCCUUGCGGGUACAUUUCAAAAUGGAGGGGGCCCAAAUCAACACAAAAAGGACUCUCACACACACACAAAUACCACUGUUUUUGGUUGACUAAAAUCAGUGUUUGAACAGAGUUUUCUUGCACCAUUUUAUACACUGUUUUAAUGGGGUUUUUUGUGUGUUU